AUGAAGGUGAUAGCUGCAUACUUGCUCGCCGUUCUCGGAGGUAACAACACCCCCUCCGCCAAAACCAUCAAGGACAUCCUUUCCUCCGUUGGAGCAGAAGCAGAAGAUGGCAACAUUGAAUUGUUUUUGUCUGAAAUUAAGGGCAAAGAUUUAGCUGAGGUGAUUGCUUCUGGUAAGGAAAAGUUGGCAUCAGUACCUGCUGGUGGUGGCGCCGUUGCUGCUUCUGCCGCACCUGCCAGCGGUGGUGCUGCUCCUGCAGCUGCUGAGGCAAAGAAAGAAGAGAAGGUUGAGGAGAAAGAAGAAUCCGAUGAUGAUAUGGGAUUCAGCCUUUUUGAUUAA